AUGCAAACGGCAAUACGACAAAUCAACCCACGAAAACUUUUGAAGCUACCCUACAAUUCCAGUAGUCCACAAAACUACCUGCUUGCGCCUGCGCGGGCUUCACACUACACCUGGAGAGACAAGCCGGACAACCACCCACCCACCAUGUCUCUCGUCAUCCUCGCAAACGUCUGCUCCCACCUCCAAAACGCCUCCAAAGCCCGCCUAGGCCUCACCUCCGUCCCCUCCACAAACAUGAUCCUCACCCUCUCACUGGCCCUCCAAGCGUCCGGCUUCCUCUCCUCCGUCACACGAGGCGGCCUCACCCCACCACCCCUCGAUGCCCUCUCAACCUACGUCCCCGAGCCGGUAACGCAGGAGAACAUCAGCACCAGACGUCUGUGGUUAGGCAUGAAGUAUUACAAUAACGAGCCGGUGUUGAGUUCCAUGGGCAUGGUUAGUAAACCUACGAAGCGGAUUUGGAUGGAUGUUGAUGGGCUGGGGAGAAUUGUUAAGGGGAAGGAGGCGGGAUUUGUGAAAGGGCUUACGAGGCCGGGAGAGUGCCUUUUUGUUAGUACUGAUAGAGGGGUUAUGGAAGCGAGGGAUUGUGUGGAGAGGAAGGUUGGAGGAAUGUUGUUGUGUAGGGUGUUGUAG